CCUCCGCCGCCGCCGCCGCAGCCGCCGCAGCAGCAGCAGCCGCCGCCCCAGGCCCCCCCCAUGGAGCCCGAGGCCCCGGAUUCCCGCAAGAGGCCCCUCGAAACGCCCCCCGAGGUGGUCUGCACCAAGCGCAGCAACACGGGAGAGGAAGGCGAAUACUUCCUGAAGGUGCUGAUCCCCAGCUACGCGGCGGGCUCCAUCAUUGGCAAGGGCGGGCAGACCAUCGUGCAGCUGCAGAAGGAGACGGGAGCCACCAUCAAGCUCUCCAAGUCCAAAGACUUCUACCCUGGAACCACAGAGCGGGUAUGCCUAGUACAGGGCACGGCAGAGGCCUUGAAUGCUGUGCACAGCUUUAUUGCCGAGAAGGUCCGAGAAAUCCCACAAGCGAUGACCAAGCCUGAGGUGGUCAACAUCCUUCAACCCCAAACCACGAUGAACCCCGACAGAGCCAAGCAGGCCAAGCUGAUCGUCCCUAACAGCACGGCGGGCCUGAUCAUCGGCAAGGGGGGCGCCACGGUGAAAGCCGUGAUGGAACAGUCAGGGGCGUGGGUGCAGUUGUCCCAGAAGCCAGAGGGCAUCAACCUGCAGGAGCGCGUGGUGACAGUCAGCGGCGAGCCCGAGCAGGUGCACAAGGCCGUGAGCGCCAUCGUGCAGAAGGUACAAGAAGACCCCCAGAGCAGCAGCUGCCUCAACAUCAGCUACGCCAACGUGGCUGGCCCGGUGGCCAACUCCAAUCCCACCGGCUCUCCGUAUGCCAGCCCCGCGGAUGUGCUGCCCGCCGCAGCCGCAGCCUCGGCCGCCGCCGCCUCCGGCCUGCUGGGCCCCGCCGGGCUGGCGGGCGUGGGGGCCUUUCCCGCCGCGCUGCCCGCCUUCUCGGGCACCGACCUGCUGGCCAUCAGCACGGCGCUUAACACGCUGGCCAGUUACGGCUACAACACCAACUCCCUGGGCCUGGGCCUCAACUCUGCCGCGGCCUCCGGCGUCCUGGCCGCUGUGGCCGCUGGGGCCAACCCCGCGGCCGCCGCCGCCGCCAACCUCCUGGCAUCCUACGCGGGCGAGGCCGGGGCCGGGCCGGCCGGAGGAGCCGCCCCGCCGCCGCCCCCACCUCCCGGAGCCCUGGGAUCCUUUGCGUUGGCCGCGGCCGCCAAUGGCUACCUCGGGGCCGGGGCGGGCGGAGGGGCGGGCGGAGGGGGCGGCCCGCUGGUGGCCGCUGCCGCCGCGGCUGGGGCGGCCGGGGGCUUCCUGACGGCGGAGAAGCUGGCGGCUGAGAGUGCCAAGGAGCUGGUGGAGAUUGCGGUGCCUGAGAACCUGGUGGGAGCCAUCCUGGGGAAGGGGGGCAAGACGUUGGUGGAGUACCAGGAGCUGACGGGCGCCCGCAUCCAGAUCUCCAAGAAGGGCGAGUUCCUGCCAGGCACGCGGAACCGGCGGGUCACCAUCACGGGCAGCCCCGCGGCCACGCAAGCCGCUCAAUACCUCAUCAGUCAGCGGGUCACCUACGAGCAGGGAGUGAGGGCCUCAAACCCCCAGAAAGUGGGAUGAGGCCUGUGGUGUGUGCUCCCACCCUUCUCCCUCCUCCCACCUCCCCCUUCUCCUCCCUCUCCUCCUUCCCCCCAACUCCUGACCUCAGCUUGGUGUAGUCCUGCUCCUUUUGGGAUGGGGCUGGGGUAGGCCCGACUGCACCCUCCCCUUCUGGUAGUCAUAGGCAGGAUUGAGUGACGGUUGGGAAGGGGGCUCAGAAGCCCCCUCCCCAGCCCGGAACUGACCCCUCCUUCCUCCCUCCCUGUGCUUGGCUGGGCCUGACCCUUCCCGUCCCAGGGCCCAGGUCUGUGUGAUAUCUGUAUAUAUUGCAUUUUGUUGAUUUUAAUAGAAAACAAAGCGUUAUUUUCUCUUUCUUUCCCUCCUUUUUUUUUCUUUUUUUGAUAAGGAUUUUUCCCCCCUUAUAAGUUUUUGCUUCCACAUGGGAGGAGGGGAGGGAGCCUCCGGGUCAUCCAGAAUGAGGGGCCUCCCCAAAACACAACACCCCACCUCUCUGCUUUCAGUUCUAGAUCUGAGGGAAGCCAUGGGAGUAGAGGUAGCAGAGGCGUCUGAGGUGAAAUGGGGCAUCUGGAACAGGGACCCCAGAGUUCCCAGAUCUUCUCAGCUACUCUCCUCCCACUGGAGUUGUCCCUCCUAGGUGGGAAUGUUCACUCUUUUGUUGUCAGGUUGUAUGGGGGGCAGAGACGGUGCUGCUGGGAAGGAUGCCAGCUCUGGGAUUGGGCCUGUCCUGUGGGCAAGACUCAUGAGAGGCUGGAUGAACUUGUUGUGGCAUCUCUGAUGGCUUUUCCUAGAGUAAUGGCAAUGAGGGUCUCUGUUGUGAUGUCACUGAGUACUUUCUGGGGUGCUUCUGGGUGCUCCUUAUGAUGUCACAGGAAGCAGUUCCUCAGAGAUUACUUCCUGUGAGCAUAAGAGGGCAGGUACUUCCUGUGAUGUCUCAAUGAGCUCUUCCUUGAAGGUCACUUCGGUGAUAUCAUGGGAAGAUGUACUUUGGGUGGUGCCUAGAGGUUACUUCCUGUGAUGUCAUUAGGCUGAAGCAUGUACUUCCUGUAUUGGACAGUGACCAGUCUCUGACCUGCCUUCUCCCUCCACACCCCUCUUUGGUGGGUGUUGGCCUGGGGGGUUCUUCCUUGGAAGAGAAUAAAGCAUGGGACUUGGAUCCAAUCUGGAGGACUCUAAGGAAAAAAACCCAAUAUUGUCAGGGUCAUCUCCAUUCAAACAUGCCAAGUCUGUGAACUCACCCUGGAGGGAGGGAUGGGAGAUGGACCUAGUGCAAACUACUGUUAAAGCGCCCCCUUCCCACCCCCGCCUUUUGUGUGCAUGCCUGUGUCUGCGUGGCUUUGUUUCAUUGAAUCGGGUGAGCCAAAUGUAUGGUGGCUCUGUCAGGCCAGUGUGGCCCGGUAUAGAGUUCAGUGAGCCGUGGUAGGGUCCCUUGGGCCGGAAUGCUUUGUGUGGUCUGAUACAUUAGGUUGAUUUAGUAGCUUCCAGCAAGCUGGCAUACUUUGGUGAUGUCUGAUGGAUCAGAAGGUUUUGGUGUGCUCACCAGGGGCUCUGGAGAAGUAGAAUGUUCUGAUGGAGUCUGACAAGCCAGGAGGCCUUGAGAGUUCGUUUGAGAGUGGCUCCCUGAGUGCUGUGGCUGUGGUCAGCUCUAAGGACCUAUUGGCAGACUGAGAUUUCAGGGCCUGACAACCCUGUAGACUAGGAUAGCUGAGACCUCCCUCUACCCCACCCAUCUCCCCCUCCUCUUGGGAGACCACCUCCACUUUCUCCAACCCAAAGCAGGGCACCCGGUGCCCUGGUUCCAUCAUCAGCAUCUCUGGGGGAGGGGCACCCCAUGCCCACCCUCUCCCCCAUUUGUCCCCCUCCUAGGUCUUCCAGACCCUUCUCUUCUCCAUGGCUUUGGGGGAAAUCCAGCCUCCUCGUCUCUCUCCUAAAAAAGGAGGGAAGAAAAGCCACAGAGACAAUUCCUGCCCCUAAAGCCUAGGAGAUCCCUCCCCCUUGCUAGAGAGCCACCCCCAAAUCAAAAUGUGAAAAUCCCUAGAAAGCAAUAGCCUUUAAGGUACCUUGCACUGAAUUUCCCACCCCGGCCCUUCCACCUGAUGGGGGCUGUAGCUUGGGCACUGGGGUGAUUUUUUCCAUGCCCUGUCAUCUCUAGGGUGGGGGGCAGGCCCCACUUCCUCCUCCCUUAUCCCCCACUUCCCAUCAUUGUCGCCCCACCCCUAAUCUCCAGACUGAACCCAGAUGGAGAUCUGAGUGCCAAAACAAUUCUUGAUGUAACUUUGUACAUAUCUUCUACUACCGUUGGGAGCUCUUGGGGUUAGAGGUGGGGGUGGCUCUAUGGGCCGUUGCUCCCCUCCACCUCUCAAAAGACCUUACAGUAUUUCACAGUAUCUCUACCCGCACGCGAAUAUUACAGCAUCUAGCUAGAGUAUCCCCCUAUAGCCCCCCAGACCCCUAUGAGGAGGGAAAGGAGCCAGGGAGAGGUGAAGUAAGGUCUGGGAGUGGGGAGGUGGGAUCUGAAUGAGCUCAUUUGCAUAUCAUUUGCAUCCUCUGCUUGGCAGCCGCUUUCUACAAACCCAUUCGCUGGAGUCUGGGUCCCAAUCAGCCGGGUCCAGGACUCCUCUCACACAGACACGUAUCUGGAGGCUGGGCCUCCUGGAAAGUGUUUGCUUGGGGUGUCUGUGUAACAACCCCUCCCUGUUCAUAUUUCUUGGGGACCCCCUACCCAGCCAGCCAGGGCUAUCUGAAAGGUAUAGUUUGCUAGCUCAGUGAGCUAGUUCGCUCACCAUGUUGGUGAGUGGAGAGCCACACACCUUUCCCUAUUUUAUCUUCACUCCACCAUCUUUGCCAUCCCUUGAAAGUCCCUUCUGCAAUCUGACCUCAAUCUUUUGUGCUGCAGUUUGUCCAGAGGGGGCACAGAUGUGGGGCCAGGGAUGGGGAUCAUUGACAAACCCAUCACCUCUUUUUUUUUUUCCUCUCUCCCUAUUAGCCAAUCAGAUUUCAGAGUCCCUGAGUGGCCUCCUUGCACCCUGCUCUUCAGCACCCAGUAGGUGCUUAAUAAGUGUUUGCUGCAUUGAAUUGUCUCCCGAUUCCUUCUCAUUUGCCCUUUAGCUUCCCAUACCUUCCCCAAGUGUUUUCCUCCCUCUGUCUGGCUCCCUAUGACUUUCUGAAAAUCUUUUUUCUCUAUGUGGUUCCCAUUGUUUUCUGUCCUGUCUCUAUCUUUGUCUCUGUCUGUCUUCCUCCUCUCCUCAACUGUCUCAACUCUCUCUCCCCAAUUUCCCCAUUUAAAAGAAAAAAAAAGUGCCAAACUUCCUUGGAACUGAGCCGCUCUGGGGGGAGAGGACCUUGGAUAGAGGGGAGGAAAUGGGACCAUUUCUCUUUGAGGAGGUCCCUAAGAGGCAUUGAAAAAGUGUGGACAUGGAGCUAAAUUGGGUCCCCUUCCACAGCCCUCCCACCCUGAGUUUUUCUUAGAAUCUUUGUAAGAAAAAAAAAAAAGACAGAAAAAAGCUCUCCUUUUCAGCUUACCCUUAUCCUUUUGGAUCCCCCCAAAUUCCACCAGCCAAGGAGAAUCCCACUUGCCAACUUCCUGGCAAAUCUGUGGAAACUGGGGAGGAGGAGACAAGCUCAACUCCUCCUCUGCCAGCCCAGGGGGCGGUACCAACUGGAUUCAAGAGAAAGACCUCAAAGCACCUAUGAGAAGAGGGGGUUCAAUGUGCCAAAUUAACCUCCUUUAUCCCCCAUCUCAGGGGGCUCUGAGCCAACCUGCCUGGCCACCUUCUUCUGCCCUGUCCCAGCCAUCCCUACAUGGGCAAGGAGGCUUCACUGCAAUAAUUAGUAGGCGUGGUGAUCAGAAGGCAAUGAUUUUUGCCAUCUUUAUCUGCCCUAACACCUGCACUGGACUUGUAGGUGGGAAUUAUGGGUAUCCCAAGUGGAUCUUGAUACAAGCCCACUUGUAGAUGGCUGGGGACCUCUACUUGGAACAGCAGGGUACCGCUUACCUCCUAGUGAUAUUUCCUCUCCCCUCUGGACCACCAAACCCCUCAGUAUCCCCUCAUUCUGUUUCUCCUCCUUUCCCACAUCCUCCUUCUUCCUUUGUUUUGUUUGGUGGCCAAUUGUCUGGAAAAUGAGAGGAGUCCCCCUGAGUGGAUGAUUGCUGUUUUAAGACCAGGAUUAGAGGCUGUGAUAAACUGUGCAGUGGCAAAAGUAUCAACAAGAGUGGCGAUGAGGAUGGCAGUUGGGGCGUCCAGGCUGCUGACUGAGUGUACCCUGUCAGGACAGCCAGGCAGGCCUUUGCCUGGCACCUGAACCCGGGCUGGCUGUCGUGAAAGCCUGAACUGGAUGUCACGAUGAGGGGAAUGGGAUCGCGAUACCCAAGUUGGGGCACAGGCGGGCCAGGGGCACUGGUCUAUGGGGGUGACAACACCCAGCCUUGCUAUCGUGAUCCCUUUGCACUGCGGUCAGCUGUCUGCACGCCGUGGUUGGAGGGGCUUCUCUCCUGACACUGCUGCUGGUGUGUAUGGUCGGUUUUAGUGUCCCCUGCAAGUCGCAUUGGAGAUUGCUGGGUGGCAGGGAGGGAAAUGGGAAAAUAAUCUGUUGGGUUAUGGUGGUGAAGGCAGCUGGUUUUUAAUCCCUUCUCAGCCAGUCCAGGACACUCUUGUCUCCCAGAGAUAACUGGGGGGGACUGCCUAACCCCCCACCCCUUUCCCUAUCCCACCUCUCCCCCCAAAACCACCAACCUCUCAUCUUCUAAGUGACUCCAUCACCACCGGCCACCGGGACCUGCGGCCUCAUUGCUCCAGCCCGCCCCACUCGACCGUCAGACUCGCUCAUCGAACUCUUUUUGAUUAACCCUUUCUGUGUUCAUCCCACGGAAAACUGUGUGUCCGGCAGCGGGGAAGGGGGAGGCUAGGGGCAGUUGCUGCCUUUCCUCCAUCUCCUCCCACCGCCCAUGCCUCCCCACCUGCACCCCAUCCCAUGCCCCACUCCCAUCCCUCACCCUUAGGGUCCGCCCCACCCUGGGGCUUGAGAUCCUCUAUAAGUAUCUAUGCUGUUUGGCUUUGUCCCUUUAAAAGGCGGGUCCAGAGGUGUGGCCUCCCUCAAAUGGAGUGCUCACUCUGACCCCCUCCUUCCUGUGCCCCCUACAUGCUCCCCACGCCUUCAUUGUAAAUAGUCACUUUUGUACUGGGUUUGAGCCAGGGGAUGUGGGGAGUCAUUUUUUUUUUCUUUACGUUGGCAUCUCAGGCCACUGGAGGCACGGCCCACAUCCCGGGUCAAUUUGGGAGAAUCUCAAGGUGUAUCCUCUCACCUGUCCCCAUCGAUAAGGAUUUCAAGCUAUCAGUAUUACUCUAGAGGGAUGGGAUGCAUAGAUUCCCCGGCAGGGAGGUGGGAGAGGUAUGGAAAGGUGUAGUCUGACAGGAUGCUUCCGUUUUCCCCUUCUAUGAAACGGAUUCAUCCUCCAGUUUCCCUGAGGAGCCUCAAUGAGAUCAUGGGGGAGUCAGAGGAGCUAGAACGUCUCUUCCCUCUUUCUCUGUUGGUAACAGGGUAGGAGAAGGAGAAGAAAUCGAGGGCGGGGAAGGCUGUAGGGCCAUCUUGGGAGAACCGAUUACUAAAUUCUUCUUAGGACCUUAAGCUAGCCUGCUCUCCAGAUUUGUUCUCUCUCUCGGAACACGGGAAGGACUGGAGGACCUCUAAGGGUCCUUGGUUCUCCCCAGUCCUUAGAUGAAAAGGCCCAGGCCCCAGGCUGGCGCCCUGCCUGCUGUCCCACUCCCUCAUUCCAUUUCGUGGAAUGUGGCCAUGCCUCCAGUGCCUCCAUUCAACCCCCUCUAACUGAUUCCUUCCAUCCUCUGCGACCAGAGACGCCGCCCGCCUCCUCCCCACCACCUCCAGAAGCUCCUGGCUGGGGCCCACUGCCGUCUCCUCCCCGUCCCCCCAUUGCCAUGCCUGGGCCACGCCCACCCCACCCACUCACCCACCCCCAGUGUCCGUUGUGUGACCUAGUGCACCAUGUAUUAGCUUCCAUGGCCCCCACCCCAGCCCCCACCACACCCCCUUUCCCCACCCCUUCCCCCUCGGCGACUUCACCUUUUUUUGCCGCGAUAAACGCCAUCUCAGCA